UGAGGUUUGGGAUUAGUUGAUUCCAUUUGAUCUUCAUCUCUACUAUCUAUGUAGACCUCCUUUUCAUCAAUUACAACUCACUUGAUCGGGCUUAAAGGACGCCUUCCAUGAAUUAAUUGUGUUUUUUGAUUCGUUAUUUCUUGAAGUUUCUUUUUAAAAUUUUAUUUUUUUGUGAUUUAUUUUUCAUAGUUUAGUAAAAAAAAAUGUGGCGGUUUGAUGAACACUUUCCUAUCGGUUUCGGGGAGGAUAGCCGGUUCCGGUUUUGGUUUUGUUGAAGUUCAUCAGAUGUACAGGCGACAGUUUGCUUGUUGAAUCACAACUAGAGAAUCAAGGUCACUGUUUCAAUUUCAUUUCCAAAUCCGAGAAAAGAUAAAGGCCGAAUCAAGCAAAGGAAGAAGAGGGGAAAUGGUUUGUGUAUCUCUAUCUUCUGCUGUUUCACUUUAUAUUCCUUCUUUCUACAAAUCCAAACUCUCCGUUCCUCUCUCCCUAAGAUCUUCACCGCCAAAUGCAAAGCUCUCGUUAAAUUCUGCCGCUAAACAGAGUUCAAUCUGUUACAAUCCGCUCAGGUUUGCUGUCGGUAGCGAGGGUAUUAACAAGAAGAAGAGUCGUGGUUUAAGUGCUGUUUGUUACGCUAUGCCUGUUAACACUCGCACUCUUCAGUGGAUCUCCACCAUUUCUUCUGUGGUUUUAAUGCUCGCAAAGGGAACUGGGAUUCAGAAGUCAUUUAUCGUUCCGCUAUUUGCACUUCAGGCGCCUGCAAGUGUUAUCUCCUGGAUUAAAGGAGAGUACGGCAUUUGGAGCGCUUUUCUGGCACUUCUUGUUCGACUGUUCUUCUUCAUCCCUGGUGAAUUGGAGAUACCAUUCAUAUCACUACUUUUGGUGAUUGUGGCCCCAUAUCAAGUCCAAAACUUAAGGGGAACUCAAGAAGGGUGCAUUAUCUCCCUACUGAUUGCAGCAUAUUUGGCCUUCCAGCAUUUCUCUCGAGCAGGCAGCUUUCAGAGAGCUUUUGAUCAGAAUUCAAUUGUUGCAACAGUAGCAGUCGUUUGUAUUACCGCUGUUUCAUUCCUGUUCGUGAUCUGAGUUCCUUAGUCACUCCCAAGUAAACCUUAUGGGUUAAAUCUUCAAUAAACACUAUUGUUCGUCCUGUAAUAGUUACACAAUAGUUAGAAUGUACAGACCUUCCUUUUCAUGUUUAUAAAUACUAUAAAGAAAUGUUUAUUUCUUUUUGCUUGUUUAAUCUAAUCAUCAUCCUGUGUCUGUUUUUAGUUA